AUGGCCCGUCCCAAUACGCCCCCCGAAAUGCUGGAGUUGGAAACAGCUGAAAUAAACGAAUUUAUGACAUCUGACAACUGGAGUUACCUCACGGAUCCAUACAUCUGGCAUCAAGAUCUGCUCCAAUUUCUUGUAGGAAUGGAUUCUGCUCCCCAUUUUGAUUGCAUUACCCUGCCAAUCAAUCGGGGUCGAGGCUUUGAGACCCCUGGUGAGUACGUUCCGCCUGAGAAUGAUGGAAUGCUAUUUGGCAAUCUCUCGCCUUUGUGCAACGAUGUGCUAUUCCGGAUUUUCGACGAGCUUGAUCCCGUUUCUUACCAUGAGAUCCGCCGGACCUGCCGCCGGGCUCGCUCGGUUGGUGAACAAAACCCGACUUAUCAAGUCAUCAAGCGCCUGGUUCCAGGCUACGCUCGUGAGAUCAACAAGAUGAAACUCACCAACGUUUACCCCAUCAUCCGGAUUAGAGAGGAGAUGGCUUUUCCAAACUGCCGCGAAUGUGGGGAGUUGGGUCCCCUCAUUCAUCUGCCUACCUGCGAUCGUCUUUGCUGGAGGUGCUAUUACCUCGACCGCUCCCACUGGGCUAUCGAUCUCCAGCUGGCGUUGGACGCCUUUUACCUGACUCAAAAGGACAUUGAAAAGUUUAGUAACUUUGUUAAGCCGCAGGGUAUCGUGUUGUGUGCCGAAGACGAGAAACCUAUUAAGGCCAUGAUCACCGUUAAGUGCGCAAGACAGGCAGGUCUUGAAAAGCACGGCUCAAUGCUUGAGUGUGAGAUGUUGGCGUUGGAUGCACUAGUUCACCACAAUUACAAUGACAACGACCAAGUCCAUAGACAAUACGACAGGAUGUGCAUGGCACUCUAUGAGACUGACACGGCCUCAGAUGAUUUCCUCGCCGAUCCAGAAAACCUGGAUAAGACACUAAUCAAUAACCCGAACAAAGGCAUCGGCAUCGCAAACUUCCCAUACUUGCCGUGGAAGGUAAAGACUCCAUCGAAGGACUGUUGGUACUGCAGAGGCUGCCACUAUAUGAGUGUGUUCCCGUUUCGAAUGCAGACCAUGCACCUAGAGCACUUGAGACUUGAAGAUUUGCACCCACGCGCCUACCGUCCAAUUAUCACGGCCCGUUCAUACAUGGCCUACACCUGGGAUGAGUUUAUUGAGCACCUUGACAACUGCCUUGGAUCAGCCCUGAUUAUGUACGAUCACGCUGCCCUUUGUCCUGAUAAAAGCUGGUCUGUAUUCGGCGAUGCGGACUCCAAUGAGCGAUUUCGCCGAUGGAACGAUCCGGACUAUUGA